AUGGCAGGUGGCAGUCCAGCAGCCAAGAGGGUAGUGGUGUCCCGGAAUGGGGACCCCUUCUCCCCAGGCCACCAGCUGGUAGUGACUCAACACUGCUUCCCCACCCUGGAGACCUUCCUCUGUGAUGUGACAUCGGCUGUGCAGGCCCCACUGGCCGUGCGUGCUGUCUACACGCCUUGUCAUGGCCACCCUGUCACUGACCUGGCAGACCUGCAGAACAGAGGGCAGUAUGUGGCUGCUGGCUUUGAACGAUUCCGCAAGUUCCCCUCUUUACACCCUAGAGGGGAGGAUCCAGGUGGGAAGAGCAGCAGACUACCUGGCCCUCCUGUGAUUCAGCAGCCAUGUGAUGGGGCCCUUGGACAGCGGCUACCUGCAGGUUCCCCCUGCUGUAUCCAUGUGUUCAGGAAUGGGGACCUGUUAAGCCCCCCAUUUAGCCUGAAGCUGUCCCAGGCUGCCAGCACGGACUGGGAAGCAGUGUUGAAACUCCUGACUGAGAAGGUGAAAUUACAGAGCGGGGCUAUGCGCAAACUCUGCACCCUGGAUGGGCUCCCACUGUCAGCAAGGGAGGCUCUGGUGAGUGGCCAUUACUAUGUGGCUGUCGGAGAGGGGUUCAAGGCCCUCCCCUAUCUGGUGCCUCGUCCCUCACUGCCCAGGGGCUGCUGGCAACCCCCAGACCCAAAGUCCAGGCUCCACAGCAGGGGGUAGGUGAGGCAGGGGGCCGAUGGCCACAGAGCACAGGCAACCCAGUCCUCUCCAAAGGAAGCCAGGCAAAUUGAGCCAUCUGCUUUUUAUGCCAGCCCCCAGGACCUGGUUUAUGAAAAGAAGCACAUGGAAACUCAAAGCCAUGACAUUUCGGGGGUGGGAUUUGGAAGGGAAGUCAAGGGAGUGUAUGGGGCUCCCCAUGCAAGGAUGGAGACAGCACGGGCCCAGGGAGUAGCACAUGAUGAAGCCACCUGGACAGAGGCACCCCUGGAUCAGAGGGCAGCACAGGUAGUGGAAGAGGCCCUGAUCCUGGAAAGCCAGCGAGCUGGGGCAGCUCUCUCGGCCUUGGCCCCUGCUCUGCCAUCUUGA